AUGUCAAUUGACUUCAGCUCACUAUCGGCAGAGGAGUUAGAGGCCGUGCUCAAUGGGCCGGCUCUCACACCCCCGAGCGGUGUCACUCCAAACUUUGACAACCCGCCGAACCGCAGUGCCAUGGCAAAUGGCAUCUACGGGUUCUGCUUUGCUCUUGGGUCCCUCUUCGUCUUCGCGCGAGCAUACGGCUUGUGGCGGUCUUCGAAGAGGGCGCACAUCAGUGACUACAUGACACUUGUUUCAUAUGGUCUCUAUGCAGGCUUCAUGGCUGUGAUUCUUUGCCAGGUUCACAUUGGGUAUUUCGUUCAUCAGUGGGAUUUCCGUAUUAAAGACGUAUCGAAAUUAUUUUAUUUGUUCCAUGUUGCCACAAAUGUUUGGGCGGCGACGAUCAUGCUCAUCAAGGCCACUAUCUUGGUCGACUGGCUGCACAUAUUUGUCCCCGUCGGUACACGCAAUUACUUCUGGUGGAUCUCGAUCUUUCUCAUCAGCGUGGACUUGCUGUUCUAUUCCGCAGCCAUCAUCGCCAUCAACCUAACCUGCAAACCCCACGCAAAGCUCUACGACCCUCUUGUAGAAGGAACCUGUUCUGACAGCCGCGCCAUCGACAUUGCAUCAUCUGUCAUCAAUUUCCUGAUUGACCUCGCCAUUCUCAUUCUCCCUCAAAGAGUGAUCUGGGGCCUUCGCAUGUCCUUUCAGAAACGCCUAGGCGUGUCUGCUGUAUUUGUCGUCGGUUUUAUGGCCUGUUUUGCCGCGGGUUUCCGACUUGCAGUCACCAUCAGUUAUUCCAAGGCCGAGGAUCUCACCUACUCAUUCUGCACCGUCGGGAUCUGGGUCGUAGUAGAGACUACAUGCGGCCUCAUCGUUCUCUGCACGCCUGCCAUUCCGUUGGCUCUCCAUGAGAUGGGCAUACAGAAUCUGGUUGCCAUCACCAAGUCAUGGUCGCGGCUCACGACCACGAAGCGAUCGAAUACAAAGAUUAGCAACCAAGACUCCAGGAUUUCCAACCGUUACAACGAGAUCUCUGGGUCGUGCACGGUAAAACCUCAGUCUUCGGAUUCCCAGAAGCCUUUGGAGCUUCAUCCCGGGAGCAGAUACCCGGAUCACGGCGGCGCCCCCUUCGAUGCCGAUUUAUCAGAUACCGCGAUCCUACGGACUACGCAUGUGGGAGUCACAACAGAGGAUUAUGACCCAGAUUCCAUCCCAAUGAGCCCGCAGCAUCCAUGGAAUCAGCGGGUCGAGUAG